AUGGCGGGCCCCCGUGAGUACCCGUGCGGCAGGGCCACCUGGGCUGCCGGCCGCGCCGCGGGGCGUCACGGGAAAUGUAGUCCCACGACCGCAGAGCCACGCGGGGUGUGUUCUACAGCGACUACAACCCCCGGCAUGCACUGCACCGGGGCGGGGGUACGGCAGCCGGGAGGGGCCGCGGCUGUCACCUUGGCCAUGGCGGCCGGGCCGCCACCGCCGCUGGAUCGUCCCAUGCUGCCUGCGUUCAGGGAGGAGGGAUUUGGGGACAAGUUCUUGCGCAAGACCCGCGAGAACCCCCUCGUGCCCCUCGGCUGCCUGUGCACCGUCGGCGUCCUGACCUACGGCUUGAUCUGCUUCAAGAGGGGCAACACCCGCGGGUCACAGCUGAUGAUGCGGGCGCGUAUCCUGGCCCAGGGCUUCACCUUCGCGGCCCUGCUGGGGGGCAUGGUGGUCACGGCCCUGAAAUCCAGACAGUGACCUCGGGCAGGAGAGGAGCUGCGGCCACUGGCCAGCACCCACCACCCCGGGAUGGAUCCUGGCUGUGGAUGGAGUUUUCUGAGGAACUGUUGUGAUGUCUUGGUGGAGCCACUGCUGGAGAGGCUCUGUAGUCCAGAGCACUGGAAAUGGGGUGAAUACACUCUGUGAUUAUCCUGAAA